GUGAUGAAUAAUAAUUUGCGGCUGUCAGUUCGAGGCGAAGGCGAAAAGAUGGAGUUUAAAUUUUACACCGCUUUGUUAAUUGUGGGCCUGGUUUCCACUGUUUUGGCCAAAGGUGGACACCGUGGGCACGGUGGUAAGGGUCGUCGUCAUGGAAAGAAAGAAGAAUGCCCUGAACUGACGACAUCUAAAAAAGUGCCUUUCAUAUGCAGCGUAUCUAGGACGUGCGACACUUUCUCCUGCAACAGUGACUUCUUGGGUGAAACUGUGGAGUUUGUCCUCAAGAUUGACAGGUCCAAAGGUCCAGUGAGCGCGGAGGUCGAAGUGAACGUGAAGGCGCUUGGUUUUUUCUGGAAGCAGACCCUCCAGAGUGGGAAAAAGUAUAAGGUGGAAGGAUCUCCGAUGAAGGGAAUGUUUGUGUCCCUGACGAUGAAUAAGACUGCGAAAGGAAUUACUUUCGAGCUGGACUUGUCUGGAUCUGUGGGUGAUAUAAAGUUGACGGACGAGCCGGUGUUGCGAGGCAAACUGCCAAUGAAGGAAGAUUACCACGACGAGGGAGACCAUGAUGGGUACAAAGGUCAUCACAGGGGACGCUGCAGCAGGGCUUAUGCCUGGUUCAAACGCCAACCUGGAGCCGUUAAGGCCGCUGUUGUCAUAAGCGCUAUCUUAGGCCUCUUGUUGUUGAUCUCUGGUAUGGUUUACUGCUGCAAGAAGCGCCGAGCCGCACCCGUUGGCACCCUGAAAGUGAAGCCUCCAUCCUAUGACGAGGCCACAAGCGAGGUGAAGUCCAAGGUUCCAAUGGAACCGCUGGUCAACGAGGAGUAGUACCCAAGCUUUGCUUUCCGUCACAGUUCUCAGUAGACGUAGUUAACUAUUUGUGUAAAUCAUUCACAGAAGAAAAUGGUUUAGAGGUGACAUAGACGAGGGUUAACUUAAAACUCCUCAAGACCUAGUUGAUUUACAGUGCAUAGCCUAGUAGUUUGUAGUGUGAUGAGGUCAAAGCGUGAGAUCAAGAGAGCUGUAAUUUGUAUUCUUAUUAAUCAUGAACUAAGGGUUUUUUUUUAUUUCAUUACUUAAGGUUGAGUUUGUAGAUUGUUCAGUGUGACAUGCAAUACUUUACUACCAAAACGAUUAAACUUAGUUGCACUGCAACGACCCUAGACCACAA